AUGGCGGACACUGUUACAGCGCCUACUUUUCGGGAUUACACAGCAACGUUUAGCGCUGCGAUGCCACCAGUUCUUUCCUCUCAAUCUGCAUCAUUUUCUGCUUUGCUGAAGCCCACGCCAACUGCACUGACCAAAGUACCAUCAAUCGGAAUUGACUGCUUUCCCCAACGUUUUGGAGAAACAGGUGUGCCUGGUGCGGCGAUGGGGAGGACAUUUCUUGGUAUUUCCGGCCCGAUGCUGCAUACUAGGCAGAUGGAGGCAGGGUUGGUCCGUAGGGAGAUUGUUCUUAGAUCUGAGUUUGAUCGACUGCGUCAUGCUGACGAGGAACGCAUGCGCUGGGACCGUCAACGUGAGCGAGAGGCGAUGCUCGCUGAAGAGCGGCAGCGGAUGCUUGACCUGGCAAAAGAAAUUGAGAUGGAGCGGGCGAAGCGUACUGAGGAACAACAGAAACGCCUACUCGCGCAGGAGAGGGAGCUGGAGGAAUGGAAACACGAGAGGGCAAAGGAAAUGGAGGAACAACGGCGUCGACGCGUGGAGGAAGAAGACCGAUUACGUGCUCGCCAGCAUGAGCGGGAGAUGCUACUAAUGCGGGAGGAGGCGGAAUUAAGACUGCAGGCGCAGAAGUCUGUGGAUGACCACAAGAAAUCCAUUGAGACCUCCGUCAACAGCGCCGCCGAGGCCGUGAUGGCACGGCUUCGCGAGGAGUUUAGGGCGAUUGAAGGGCAGUGGACCAGUCGCCUUGAGCGCCUACAGUUGGAACACAUCAAUGAAACGGCUUCUCUUCGUCAAGAGAUUGAGCGCGAACGACAACUUGUUGCCCACGGUGAGUCUCAACUCUCCGAGACACGGAAUCAACUUGCCAAACUGACGUCACAGUUAGAAGAGCUGUGUCGUCAGAGGGAGGGCGAUGCCCACAGUCGAGGAACAGAGACUUUUAUGGGAGAAAUACACCAAAAGGCAAUCGAGCGGCUUCAACGUGCAUUUGAAGAGGAUAAGCAAAGCACAAAGCAGUGGUUUGUGGAGGAGCAACAACGUAUACUGAACUCGCAUGAGCGCACCCUCCAUGAGAUACAGGAUAGCCACCGUGCGCAGGUUCGUCGUUUAGAGGAAACUCUGGACGCGUCAAACCGUCAGUUGCGUGAAAUGGAGAUUGAGGUACAGCAAUAUAAAACGAAAUUGGCGGGAGCGGCUCUGAAACCGUCUUCGGCAUCGGCAGAUGAGUUACGACUACGGGAGGAGUUGCGGACAAUACGGAAACAAUUGAAUGAGGCGGUGGACGCGAAACAACGUUUAGAGCGCCGAUCUCGAGAAAUAGAACAGGAGUGUGACGAUGGGCGUAAGGCUCAACAGGCGCUGCAGUUGGAGAUGGAGGCUUUGACAGUGCGACACAACGCGGAGCUACGUUCAUUACGAGAAGAAAAUCAACAACUUAUGGAUCAACUCACUAGUGCGAGGGAGGCGCAUGCGGAGGAACUGCAGCAGGUUCGCAAGAAUCAACGCAAAAGCGAGAGCGCGGUCACACGUGACGCAGCGAAGGAGUUUGAGACGACAUUGAGGCGAAUGAAUGAGCGCCAUGAAGAGACGAGACGCGCAUUGGAGUUGGAGAAGGGGCAGCUGGUGCGUCAGCUGCGAGAGGCGGAGCAGCGAUGCGAAGACAAGCAGCGGCGUUUGGAGAUUGAACUGGAGAAGUCGGAAGCCGCGCGGCGUGAUGGCGAGCGGAUUCAACAAAAACAUGAUGAGAAAGAACGCGCCCUCGCCGAGCUGCAGGAGAGCGUUGAGGAACUUAAGCGGAAGGACUGCUCUGUCGCCGAUUUGAGCUCGCGAAAUCGCAAACUGCAGCAGGAGUUGGAGCAGCUGCGCCACAAUCACGAGACCGCCACCCGUGCAAAGGACAGUGAACUCCAAGAGUUGCGUCACGAUCUUGCCGAAACACGGCGCCGAGUUGUUGGUCUGCAGGACGAGUUGACGGCGGCGCGGCGAAUGCAGGAGGAAGUGGAGGUGCGGAUGAAAAGUUAUGUGAGCGACGCCGAGUUGAAGGAAAAACAACUUCGUCGCAGCUUGGAGGAGGCUACGCAGAGUGUACAAUCGUGGAAGGACAGCUACACUCAGUUGCAGUCGCAGUCUGCCUCAGCGGCACCAAAAGUGCAGGGUUUGCUGAGCGAAAAGGAAACCGAGUUGUCUCGUCUUCAGGAAACCCUGGACGCCCUGAAGCGUGACAAGAACUCACUAGAGAAGAGGACACAAGAACUACAGACGAUUUCUGCUACCAGAGAAAAGGAGAUGCUUGAUCAGGCGUCUGUCGUGAAGAGGCUAAAUGCGGAGAUUGUAUCGUUACGGGAGCAACUUUCUACGGCCAUGCGGCCAGCCAAAGAGAUGUCCACGCAGUACUUGUCCCGGGCGUUGGAUUACUCCCAAUCUCCUCGAACACCAACUGUGGGUGGAGCUACUGACGCGCGGCCCGCACAACCAAAAUCAACAGUGGAAGCCAGUAAAAGUAGCAACCUGAGUUUGACUGCAACUGCACCGAUGUGUUCUCCACAAGUAGUGCACCCCGCUUCCGAUUUUACAGGUGUUUUCUCUUCUUCGAAUCCAUCUAUGGCAUCGAGGCCACUCUCCGUCCGAGCUUUGUCUCAUGCUCUGACCACAGAUGCCUCCCCACCAUCGCGCUCCGGCAAUUUAUCGGUCCCUGUGCAAAUUUCUGAGGGGGUUCCAUUACCUACUGGGCGCCAGUCUAUACCCACGGUACGGCCGUCGCUGCCAGGCGUGUUUCCUCCAGGAGUGGGUACAUUCAACUCGGGAACUCAUGUACCUGUGGGUUUCUCGCCCCUUGCAUCCGCACAGGCCAAUACUUCUGCAAUUGCUUCCCGGUCACCUUCAGUCACUGUACCGGCGCCCUCGACAUCUCCGACGGCACCAGGACAUUUUUCUGCGCAAUCAGUUGUGCCAGUGCCGGUUCCUGUACAUGUGCCUACACCUGAUCCUGCCGUGGGGCAUCCUGUUUCAUCGAGUACCUUACCUCAGACGUCACAGCAGAUCAAUCCGAGUUCAGGCUUAUUGGGGGUUUCUAGUGGUGUUUCUAUUUCUCAGCAGUUGGUGCCGCCUCCCGCACCAGCCGCUGCUGCCACUUCAAAUACUGCUUCUUUGGUUCCAUCUGGGGUGUCUUCGACGAUAUCUGUGCCUGUACCGCUUUCAAUACCAAACCCUGCGGCUGGGAACCCAAGACCGCAGUCGGUGCCACUGACAUCUGCUCCCGUGCCAGUACCCAUACCACUGCCAAUUGCUCCGAUGGCCACUGCCCCUUUUUCAAGAAAGUAG